GUUAUCGAAAUGUGUAGGUCACAAUUGCUUUCACUAUUGAAGGUUUAUUAUUCAUUACUGCGCUGAACUCCAUGAAAUAUGGCUGGAAUGGUUGGCGGUCGGUAUGACCAGACUGACCAGACUAAGCCUACACGCAGCCUAAAGGUUGAAUGACGUCAGCAGCGGGUCCAAUGAGUAGAGGGAGCGUAUCCUCCUCUCAUCACUGCUGCUGCUGCUGCCGCUGGCCCUCGUACAACCAAGGAGGACUUGUCACCCGUUUCUUUUGUAUUGUCUUGCCCUGUUCGGGACCAAUACCAUGGGGAGGUUGGAUGAGCUUCGGCAGUUUAGUUUGUUAAAAUGGCUCAGAGAAGAGAGACAGUCGAGGAAACUGAUUCUCUUCAUUGUUUUCGUCGCCCUGCUCCUGGACAACAUGCUGCUGACUGUAGUCGUUCCCAUCAUUCCCAGCUACCUGUACAACCUAGAUGAGUCAACAGAUGUGGUGUUGAAGAACAACACUCCAUCCCAGCAGAGUCCUCCAGGAGCCUUCCACAACAUCGUGUCCUUGUAUGACAACACUGUGAGGUCUUUGGUCUCCAACACCACAGCCAUGUCUACUGAGCUGGUCCCUAUAGUCCCCACCACUACAGAAGUGCCACAGAACUCGUCUGACUGCCCCCAGUCCAACAGCAAGCUGCUCAAUGAGAAUGUCAAAGUGGGAAUGCUGUUUGCCUCCAAGGCUACCAUACAGCUGAUUACCAACCCCUUCAUAGGACCACUCACAAACAGAAUAGGAUACCAGCUUCCCAUAUUCGCUGGCUUCUGUAUCAUGUUCAUCUCUACUAUCAUGUUUGCAUUCUCAUCAAGCUACACUCUGCUGUUUCUGGCCAGAUCACUUCAAGGUGUAGGAUCCUCCUGCUCUUCUGUGGCUGGGAUGGGAAUGCUUGCUAGUGUGUACACAGAUGAUGAGGAGAGAGGUCAAGCCAUUGGGAUCGCCCUCGGAGGUUUGGCAUUGGGAGUGUUGGUUGGACCCCCAUUUGGCAGUGUGAUGUACGAGUUUGUUGGGAAGACGGCUCCUUUCCUUAUUCUGGCUUUCCUGGCUUUGUUUGAUGGAGCUCUGCAGCUCUUUGUUCUUCAACCUACCAAGGUGGAACCAGAGAGUCAGAAGGGGACCCCACUGUUGACACUGAUGAAGGAUCCAUACAUAUUAAUCGCAGCUGGAGCGAUUUGUUUUGGAAAUAUGGCCAUUGCCAUGAUGGAGCCGACGCUGCCAAUCUGGAUGAUGGAAACCAUGUGUGCCAGGAAAUGGCAGCUAGGCGUUGCUUUCUUACCAGCUUCCAUCUCCUACCUUAUUGGAACCAACAUCUUCGGCACGUUGGCACACAAGAUGGGGAGAUGGCUUUGUGCUCUAAUUGGAAUAAUGGUGGUUGGAAUCAGUGUAAUAUGUGUUCCUUUUGCCACCAACAUCUAUGGUCUGAUUCUUCCAAAUUUUGGGGUCGGUUUUGCGAUUGGCAUGGUGGACGCCUCUAUGAUGCCUAUAAUGGGUUACCUGGUGGACUUGCGGCAUGUGUCUGUUUAUGGAAGUGUAUAUGCCAUCGCUGAUGUGGCUUUCUGCAUGGGAUUUGCUUUAGGUCCAUCUAUCGGAGGAUCCAUCGCUGAGAGUAUUGGCUUCCCCUGGGUGAUGACCAUAAUUGGAAUAGUGGAUAUCUUCUUUGCUCCUCUUUGCAUCCUCCUCAGGAAUCCACCAGGACAAGAAGAAAAAAUAGCCAUUUUGAUGGACUCCAGCUGUUCAAUGAAGAUAAGGUCCUACUCCACAACGGGGACACACUACCAGGGUGGAGACAUGGAGCCAGAAUAUGAUGAAUAUAAUUAACAGGACACCAGCCAUGCAGGUUAACCCUUCAGAGGAUCUAUUUUGUUGUACAAAAAAAGGAACAGCAGAAAAAAAACACAGCAUUGAAAAAACACCCAAAAUAUAUCCAUGUUCAGCGUUCAGCGUUCGUACUGUUCAAUGUCCUCUAAGGGGUUGUACUGGAGUAAACCAAAGUUGUUUUUGACCUGUGGUUGCAGGCGCAUUGUGUGAGAGCUAUUUUGUAGCCAACAGCCUUAUUCAGUAGAGAGAUGUGUCAAAAAGCACUUUUAGGUAGUAGGAGGGUGCUGAGCAACAAGUAUGCUUUGCUGGUUUAUUUGGUAUACAAAUAUGUCUUAACUUAUGUGUCAGCCAUUAAAAGUCAAAUUUUUAUCUACUGUAUGUUCAUGAUAUGUCUAUAGUAUAAUUACAAACCUUGGUGUGUAAGUUGGUAUUGUAUUUGUGAGGAUUGCCAUGAAACUGUUGUUUGUUGAAAUUCCCAGGAGAUUUGUAGGCUGGGUCAAUGUUUUUUGUUUAACUUGAUACUAAAGUACAUACUUACGAACAGCCCCAACCAACUGUUCUAGCUGAACUGCACAAGGAAGCCAACACAUUUGAGCUGCUUAAGACAGGGAUGAGGAAUGUUAUCUGAUACACUCCUAAUACAUCUUGUUGUUCUUUGUCUGUUUUUUAUAGUUUGGCAGCUUCAGAGAUAGAGAUCAUAUAAAGCUGUUUGUUCUAUUCUUAAAUUCAUAAUCCAUUAAUAUUUUAAAUUUCCAUUAGUGGUUCUAUAAUUUAUUCAUUAUACUGUAUUCAUUAUAUCAAUUCAACAGGUAUGCUCACCACAUUCUCUUUUUAACAGAAAUACUGUUCAUAUUAAUUUACUAAUUCCAGUCACUUUCAUUUUGAUAUUUGCUAAAACAAUGUUAAGCUGCAAAGAAUGAAAUUCAAGACUUUUCAUAAUAAAAAUAUUCCAUCCUUCUGUUUAUUGUAAGCGGGUGCAGAGUAUUUUCCCAGUGAGCAGGCCUUGUCUGGCCUGGCAAUGUAGCCUGUGUACAUUCAGGCACGUAGUCUGGCUGUUCAGAAGUGCAUUCAUCUGCACUGAUCGAUUCUGCUGCUCUUUUAUAAUCAGCUGAUCUCUAUGUUAACCUCAUGAAUUUACAACAUAUAACCUUUCAAGUGUUCCUGGAUAGUGGGGUGUUGCAUUUUCUGCAAACAAAGAAGUUAAAUGGACUAUAGAUUUGUGCGAUAAUCUGUGGGGAGGCCUUUUUUGAUGCCUGCAGCCUGUGUCUGUAUGUGUGUGUCUGCUCAUCUCUGAGGAAUAAAAACAUAAAAACACAAUCUAAAACAGCAGUUAUACUAUGUCUAAUAGUGUUUUGUAGCAGUGUGUUUUCUUGCUAAUUGCACUAGCAGCAAGCAGGGAAAAUAGAACAGACCCCAUAACAAUCACUGGUUGCCAGCUGGCUUUGGAGCUCCACGCUGUGGCACAGCAAGCUCUGUCUGAACAGUCUAAUUUACCAUUGGAGCCAAAGAAAGGUAGAGUUUCAACACUCUUCAUUGGACUGCCACCGUCUGUGUCACCGUCUUUUCACUCCAUAGCAUGAUAUGGUGAAAAAAUGACAACACACAAAAGAGUAAACAGUUAAAGUGCCACCACUGUGUAAUGGACAACUUCAAAGCCUUGCUGUACAUUAACCAGUUCCAAGGUUUAACUUGUGUGGUUUCUGGGCUGUCUUCAUCAAUGGUGUCCGCGAGUAGUAUGUUGAUAAAAGAUACUACUAGGCAAGGCUGAGUGGAAUGAUAAAGCAAUCUUUAUUGAAACAGACCGCAUGCCAGCAUCCGAUCCAGAAGGGGCCACAUUUCUGGUAUUUUCAAAUCUAUGGCAAAAGCAAGGCCAAAAUGCUUUGCCCUCUGCUCAAUCAGAACUCCUACCAGCCUUCGAUCUUAAGAAUUCUACAAGUAUCCACCCUUCCUCCUCUUCCUAUGCAAGGGUUUUUAGAGUCCCUUUUCCAGUUCACACCCACUUCUCCUAAUUGGUCACUUUGGUAAAUUAUCCAAUAGACUAAAAGAGGAGUUGACCUGUCUCCCUGCUCAUCUCCCAUAACUCAUCUAACCUGGCUGUGGUCAACUUGUCCCCAAAAUGACCCAAAUGGGUUCCCUGUCCUUCUAAACGUUUAGGCAUCUCCCACCAUUUGGCAUGCAGGUCAAACUCAGGUUUAGUGUUUUAUGAUGGCUUGGGUGUCUUCUAACUUUUGACACCCUCACAGCUGGAAACCAACUCCUGGACCUCAUCACUGAAUCUAAACUGUGUAAACUCAAAGAUCCGAAUGUGUUGCCAUCCAAAUACCUCACUUGUUACAGUGCACAAAUGUUUAUAGAAGUUUAUACUUUAAUUGAUACUAAGUUAAUCUAGUGUUUUCUUUUCAUCAACUUCAGCUGCAU